AAUGAAAACCUAAAUGUUUGUAAUUGGCCCUCAACUGCAAUUUUUAAUUUCUUUUACAGUAAGUCACUGAGUGAUGAAGAAAACCUGAAACUCUUUGGGAAAUGCAACAAUCCAAACAGACAUGGCCACAACUAUAAAGUUGUAGUGACUGUGCGUGGAGAGGUAAGUGCAAUCAUUAUUUCCUUCCUUUUUCAUUCUUGGAGGUAUCAGAGUGUGGUUUCCAUCUGCAAAUUCUGCGAAGCCAUCCUGGGGCCACUUGACCACAAGAACCUGGAUAAAGACGUGGCUUACUUUGCUGAUGUUGUAAGUACGACUGAGAAUGUGGCAGUGUACAUCUGGGAAAACCUCCGGAAACGCCUGCCUGCGGGAACUCUUUAUAAAGUCCAAGUGUAUGAAACGGACCAGAACAUCGUUGUGUACAAGGGGGAAGAGACGACUCUUGAGAAAUGAAAUUCAACUCAGCUGAUCACAGUCUUCUGAAGAAUUAAUCGAAGCAGUAUAUCAAUGGAGUAUACCAUGGUGUAUCAAUGACAUAUAGACAGUGAUUUUGUAGAGUUGGUUUUUUUUUUAAUAUAAGGUCAAUUUUAGGUAAUUAAAGACAAUUAUUGUAGCAAGCUAAUGAGGUUUUUUAUUUAAUUUGGAGUUCUCAGAAUUUACUGACCUCUUAUUUGCUUUUAAUCAAAUCAGUCCAGUUCUGCAAACCAAAACCACCAAAGUGAUGUGAAACCCUUGGAGUCU